GGAAAAAAAUAUAGGCUCGCGUGCGCGCAGAGACAGAUUUCCCGGGUUCAUAAUGAUUUGCCGAAGAACAAGAACCCAAUGACGUCGUCACGGGGACGGUUGGUGCUGGUGGUUGAACCGACUCAGUGAAGAAAAGAAAUGGCGAUGCUCGGAGGCUUUAGCGCAGCACCUCACAAGAAGAACGCCUCGGACGGGAGCAACGACGUGUCCGAAUUCGUCUGUCCAGUUUGCCUCGAAAUAUUCGACAGUCCCGUGACAACACAGUGUGGACAUACGUUUUGCCACAGUUGUUUGCAGGAAUGUCUGCGUCCACAGAAGCCCGUUUGUGCUGUAUGUCGAGGUGCUCCGGGCCACUGGACUAAAGCUGCUCAACUCGAGGCACUUAUUCAAUCUUCUGUGGCAGCUUGUAAGGGUUGUGGCACACAGGUUGGGCUUUCUAAGAUGAGAAGCCACACAGCUGCCUGUUCAAAAUACCAGGAGUACAUUGAGGAGGGAGUCAGGACAACUGCCCAGAGUCAGCCUGCCAUCGUCAGUUCAGUGCCAAAUCGCUACACCUUCACCUGCCCCUACUGCAACUGCCAGAACCUCGACCAGGACGGCCUGGUUGAACAUUGCACAACCCAACAUGCUCGAGAUGCACGCCAAGUGGUGUGCCCCAUCUGUGCCUCGAUGCCUUGGGGGGAUCCUAACUACAGGAGUGCUGACUUUUUCCAGCACCUGAAGAUCAGACACACUUUCUCCUAUGAUACAUUUGUUGAUUAUUCCACAGAUGAGCACACAAUGAUUCAGGAGGCUUUACAGCGCUCCCUUAUGGACCACUGAAGUGUGAAAACAAUCCACCGGUGGAGGGAAUCCAGUGAAAUGAAGGGAUGAUGGUCUUGAAAAGACAAAAACACACAGUGUCAUCAUUCAUCUAGAAUGGGGAUGGUGGUACUGACUUAUGGGUAAUUAUUUUUCAUAGGGAACUGGUAUCGUAACUAUGAAUAUAUAGGUUUAUUAUUCUGAAAAUAAAUCGCGCAAUAUGGUUAAAAAAAACAAAAACAUAUUGUACUGUUUGAUUUAGGAGUAAUACUGUGUUUCUGGUGUGAUAAUCACUUAUCUUCCCCUCCCCCCAGCUGAGUCUGUAGACUGGAUAGUUUGUUAGGUAUCUGCUAAACUAUGUUUAAGCUGUUUGUUUAUCAAUGACAAAGUGUCAUCUAGCAACAAAACAUCCAAACUUGCGAUUUAAAAAUUCUGCAGUCAAUACUUGAUCUUAUGAGAGGGUCUAACCACUAGGUGGCUACCUAUUGCCAGCAGACAACAAACUUCACUCCAUAAAGUCUUCAAGUAACAGAAAAAUAUAUUAUACUAAUUCUACUCGCAUGUUUAUGCAAAAGGGUAAAGGGACUUUUAUUUCUUUUUCUUUUUUUGACCACAGUUUUUCAGCAGAGGGGGGGGGGGGCGAACUGUCUUUUCAGUGCUGUCUUUGAUUGAAGCACGUGUGUUUGUGUAUUAGAGUGUGGCUGGGUGUGUUCAUUCUGUUUUGACAGAUCUACUGGUAAGAAUAAACAAUGAGGGUCAAACACAGCUAGAGAUGGCAUUUUUGCUUUUUUGUGAUGUUUCUCCCUUAUGUCUUUGUGCCUGCUGGUAGAUCUUGUUUUCAACCUUCCAGAACUCAUAGGGCUAACACAGUAGUUCAUUCAGUGAAUCUACAGAUGCAAGUAUUUAAAAAAAAAAAUAAAAUAAAAUAAAUCUGUGU